GCCAGAUAGAGAAAGAGAAAAGUGAGAGAAGACGCAAAACAGAAGAAACACGGAGCGAGAAGAAGAGCGACAGGGAUCGAGGCGAUGCAGUUAAGCAGAAGUAGAAGCAGAGAGAGAGGCAUCAAAUCAUACCUUGGACUCGAAAGUCGAAACGCUAACCGUCAAUGCAACUUACACCAAAGAGAAAACGCAAGAUAUUGAGAAGACCUCCAAGCUUGCCAGAGCUCUGGUUCAAAGAUCCAGCUAUCAAACGUUUUCUUCGUACGCUGCACUUUCGAUCUCUAAGCUCAGCUUCUGCAUCAGAUUUCGCGGCAGAAGAUUAUGACGAGAGGUCACCAAGAAUCUGGCCGGAGAAAAGUCGAUACUUUGGCGCUUCCAACGAUCUGACCGCUCUGUUAUCCGACGAGCUUCUCCUUCGAAUCUUCUCUAAGCUUCCCGACUCACAGAGAAACUCUAAUUCUCUUGUAUGCAAGAGAUGGCUAAUUCUUCAUGGCCGCCUUGUUCGCUCCCUCAAGCUCUUCGACUGGGAUUUUCUCGAAUCCGGUCGCCUUGUUUCUCGUUUCCCCAAUCUUACCGAUGUUGAUCUCGUCCCGGCAUGUAUUGACGCACCUAGGAAUUCUGGCAUAUUUUUGACCCAUAAAUUCGUCUCGUUUCACCUUGAUUCUGAUUUCUCGUCCAAUGGCUUCAACUUGAUCGACGAAGAGAAUUUACUCCCGCAUGCUUCAAUUGAUCGUGGACUACGAGUUAUUGCCCGUGGAUGCCCUAAUCUUCGGAAGCUUGUUCUAAUCGGUGCCACUGAGAUUGGGUUGGCGAGUAUCGCCGAGGAGUGCCCCAAUUUGCAGGAAUUGGAGCUGCACCGCUGCACGGAUCUCUCGUUGCGUGGGAUUGCCGCCUGUCAGAACCUCCAGAUCUUGAAAUUGAUUGGUAAUGCGUAUGGUUGUUACCGUUCGGUGGUCUCUGAUAUCGGUCUCACGAUCUUGGCGCACGGGUGUAAGCGGCUGGUGAAGCUUGAGCUGAUCGGUUGUGAGGGGAGUUACGAUGGGAUCAAAGCCAUUGGCCAAUGCUGCGACAUGCUGGAGGAGCUCACGCUGUCCGACCACAGGAUGGAUAAAGGGUGGAUGGCAGGAUUGUCAUUCUGUAGAAAUUUGAAGACAUUAAGGCUACAAUCAUGUAAGAAGAUCGAUUCGAACCCCGGGCCGGCUGAGUAUUUGGGGUCUUGCGAGACCCUUGAACGGUUGCACCUGCAGAGGUGCCAAAUCCGGGAUCGUAAAAGCCUUAAGUCAUUGUUUUUCGUUUGCCAGGGUGUCAGAGAGAUCGUGUUUCAGGACUGUUGGGGCUUGGAUAAUGCGAUGUUCUACUUUGCAAGCAUUUGCAGGAGGGUAAAGUCUCUAUCUUUGGAAGGAUGUUCAUUGCUAACAACAGAUGGUCUGGAGUCUGUAGUUCUUUAUUGGAAGGAGCUUAAAAUGCUUAGUGUAGUCUCAUGUAACAAUAUAAAGGACUAUGAAGUCACUCCUGCACUGUCAAGUUUGUUUUCUGUGCUUAAGAAGUUGAAGUGGAGACCAGAUUCCCGUUCUCUUCUUUCAUCAAGUGUUUCAGGGACGGGAAUGAGAAAGAAAGGUCGUAAAUUUUUCAAGAGGGUGAAGUCUACCAGAAAAUGAGAAUCUAAGCUUACAUUCAGAUGGUUCAUACUACACUAUCAGUAUGGUAUAAUCAUUAUUUUAUCCAAUUUUAGAUAGUUAACAUGAUUGUUAACAGAAGACGAUUCACCUUUUUUUGCCUACAGUGAACCAGCAAAAGGAGAUAAUCAUUUUAAAUAUGCCAAACCCUCUUCACCUAUUAUUUCUGCAUGUGGAGUAACUUGUUUGCCUGAGCUUCAACUUUUCCCAGCUGAAAUUACUCCACUGAUGUAUUUACCCUAACCCUGCAUCUCUUAUACAGUUCUAUGUUUACAAGGCUAGGAAUAUUAAUCCCUUUUCUGUUAAGUAGUUGAAACAAGUUACUUAAAGGGGUUAUUGUAAUUGGAUAUCUUAAUAUCAAUUUUUAUCAUUCGUUUUAUAGCUA